GUACCUACGUCCUCGUGGUUCUCUGUCUGCAGCGGUCGCGGCCCUCGGGGAGGACGCCCCAGACAGCCGGGAGCGGGGCCGGACAUGAACUCAGUGGUCUUUGAGGAUGUGGCUCUGAACUUCACCCUGGAGGAAUGGGCUUUGCUGGAUUCUGCUCAGAGGAACCUCUACAAAGAUGUGAUGCUUGAAACUUUCAGGAACCUGGACUCAGUAGGGAAAUAUUGGAAAGACCACAGCAUUGAAGAUCAGCACAAAAACCAGAACAGACAUCUGAGAAAUCAUAUGGUGGAAAGGCUCUGUGAAAGUAAUGAAGGUCAUCAAUAUUCAGAAGGCUUCAGCCAGAUUCCAAGCUUCAGGGGAAUAAAAUCAUACGAAUGCCAUGAAUGUGGAAGAGUCUUUCUGCAUCAUUCUUCCCUGAAGAGGCACAUUGGAUCUCACAGUAGGCCCAAAAUAAAUGAAUAUCAGGAAUGUGGGCAGUCCUUCAGUUGUCCCUCAUAUUUAAGAAUGCAUGUGAUAACUCACUGUGGAAAGAAAACCUGUGGAUGUGAAUUAUGUGGGAAAGUCUUGACUCAAUCCCAGUGCUUCACUCAGCAUUACAAGACUCACUUUGCAGAGAAAACUCACAAAUGUAAAUACUGUGGAAAAGUCUUCAGUGAGUUCUCAAGUCUUACUAGACAUGUAACUACUCACACUAAAAAAAAGAAGCCUUAUACAUGUAAGGAAUAUGGUAAAGAUUUCAUUUAUCCCUGGAUUUUUAGAAAACAUAUGAUAACUCACACUGGAAGAAAACCCUAUGAAUAUAGACAAUGUGGGAAGGCAUACAGUAGUGUCAUGUCCUCACUAUGUCAUGUGAGAACAACUCAUAGUGGAGAAAAUCCUUAUAGAUGUGAGCAGUGUGGGAAAGCUUUCAGUUGUUCCAGUCACUUACAGUGCCACUUGAGAAUUCACGUUGGAGAGAAACUCUACAAAUGUAAGCAAUGUGGAAAAGCCUUUCGUUUCUCUAGUUCCUUUCGAAGACAUGAAAAGAUUCACAAUGAUCAGAAACCCCAUGAACCUAAGCAGUGUAGAAAAGCCUUCCCAUAUGCUGCUGCUUUUCGGAGACGUGAAAAGACUCAUGCUGGCAAGAAAUCCUAUGAAUGUCAGCAAUGUUGGAAAACUUAUAGUAGCAUCAGUUCCUUACGAUGUCAUGUGAGAAGAACUCAUAGUGGAGAGAAUCCCUGUAAAUGUGAACAAUGUGGGAAAGUUUUCAGUUGUUCUGGUUACCUGCAAUAUCAUGUGAGAAUUCACACUGGAGAGAAACCCUAUGAAUGUAAGCGAUGCGGGAAAGCCUUUGGUUUUCCUAGUGCCCUUCGAAGACAUGAAAAGACUCACAAUGGAGAGAGGCCCUAUGAAUGUAGACAAUGUGGGAAACUCUACAGUAGUGUCAAUUCCUUACAAUGUCAUGUGAGAAGAACUCAUAAUGGAGGGAACCCCUGUGAAUGUAAGCAAUGUGGGAAAGCUUUCAGUUGUCCUAAUUACUUGCAAUAUCAUGUGAGAAUCCACACUGGCGAGAAACCCUAUGCAUGUAAGCAUUGUGGGAAAGCCUUUGGUUUUCCUAGUUCCCUUCGAAGACAUGAAAAGACUCACACUGGAAGGUUUCCCUAUGAAUGUAAGCAAUGUGGGAAAGCCUACAGGACAGCCAGGAACUUAAAAUAUCAUUUGAGAACAAAUCAUAAUGGAGAGAACUCCUAUGAAUGUCAGCAAUGUAGGAAAGCUUUCAGAUGUUCCACUUACUUACAGUGUCACAUGAGAACUCACACUGAAGAGAAACCCUAUGAAUGUCAGCAGUGUGGGAAAGCCUUCAGUUUUUCUAGUUCCUUUCAAAGACAUGAAAAGACUCACAAUGGAGAGAGGCCCUAUGAAUGUAGACAAUGUGGGAAACUCUACAGUAGUGUUGGUUACUUACAAUGUCAUGUGAGAACAACUCAUAAUGGAGAGAAUCCCUAUGAAUGUAAGCGAUAUGGGAAAGCUUUCAGUUGUCCUAAUUACUUGCAAUACCAUGUGAGAGUUCACACUGGACAGAAACCAUAUGCAUGUAAGAAAUGUGAGAAAGCCUUCAGUUUUUUAAGUUCUCUUCGAAGACAUGAAAAGGUUCACACUGGUGAGAAACCCUAUGAAUGUAAGCAAUGUGGGAAAGCCUUCAGAUGCUCUACUGCCUUUCGACAACAUGAAGAGACUCAUGCUGGAAAGAAACCCUGUGAAUGUCAGCAAUGUGGAAAAGCCUACACUAGGGCCAGGAACUUACCAUAUCAUUUGAGAACAAAUCAUAGUGGGAAGAAUCUCUAUAAAUGUCAGCAGUGUGGGAAAGCCUUCCAUUUUCGUAGUUCCUUCCAAAGGUAUGAAAAGACUCACAAUGGAGAGAAACCCUAUGAAUGCAAGCAAUGUGGGAAAGACUUUAAUUUUUCUAGUGCUUUUCGAAGACAUGAACAGACUCACAAUGGAGAGAGACCUUGUAAAUGUCAGCAGUGUGGAAAAGCCUAUAGUAGGGCGAGUGCCUUACGAUGUCACAUAAGAACAACUCAUAGUGGAGAGAAUCCCUAUGAAUGUCAGCAAUGUGGUAAAGCCUACAGUAGUGCCAGUUACUUAAACUAUCAUGUGAGAACAGCUCAUGCUGGGUAGAGACCCUAUGAGUGUAAGCAAUGUGGGAAAACCUCCAGGUUUUUCAGUUGUUUCCAAAGGCAUAUAAAGACUUACUACAGGGAAAGUGUAUGAAUGUAAGCAGUGUGGUAAAUCCUUUUGUGUUGCAGCCUUUCAAAGACAUCUGAACACACACACACACUGGAGAGAAGUGAUAAAUAUAAGCAGUAUGGGACAGCUUUCAGGUGGCCCUCAUAAGAGGGUACUUCAAAAACUUUAUGGAAGGAUUUGCGUUACCUUACAAUUCUUUUUUUCCACCAUCUUUUUGAAGUACCCUCUUAUUUACAAAAAUGUAAAGAUGCACAAUGGACAUAAACUCUGUAAACGUGAAAAAUGUGGGAAAGCCUUUCAAUUAUAAUAAAUUCUUUCAAGGUCAUAGGAGAAACCAUGUUGGAGAGAAAGCCUGAUGGAAAUUAGUGUAUAAUGAUCCAAAAAACUCACACCAGAAGAGAAAUAUAGUUACAGAUUAGGUAUUGCUUUAUCAGCACAUCAGUCUUAGAUUGGAUUUAUAGGGAAUGAGUUUAAUUCUAAAUUUUGGAAAUAAACAUUGGAAAGAGAAAUAAUUCUUUAUGUGCACUUUGAGGAAUACCACAGGA